GGUGGCCACAUUUCGUCGCUCGUGAAUCGGCAGAUGAAGGACGAGCCUCCGACUCCGAGACACAGCGUGCCCCGCCGGUUGUCUCGUCCGCGACGAGCUAGCGUGGACGAUGAAAUAAUCGCGACGCCGACUGCAGUGCGUGCUGCUGCCCGAGCAGCUCUGAAAGAAGAGGAAGUCCGGCCAGCGGCGAUAGAAACACCCCGCCAACCUGCCAAGCUUAUUCCGAGGCCUCCACCCGUGCUGAUGUCGCGAGACUCGAGCGCAUCAGUAGCCAAGACAUUCCUUACUGCUAUAGUGCCGGGGAGGCGACGCUCACGACGACAAAAGGAAGUGCUGCGACCCCCGUCGCCACUAGACUCAGUGCAGCCGCCCAGCGACUAUGUCGAUACUGGUAGCAUGUCCGAGCUACCAGCACCAGCCAACUACAUGGGGAUGCAGGCUAUGCAGCAGUUUUGGGAUAUUUUCCACCGCCAAGAAACAGUCCACAACAACAAGGCUGUGCCUCCCACGGUGCCUUCUGUUGUACCACGUCCCAAGUCUGCGCGCACCAAUUACCUCGCUGCCGUGCGUAACCUUCGAUUGUGUCCGGAACCUCUGGGUAUUGUACGGCGUCGAGUUGUGGACAAAACGGCCUCCUAUGCAAAUGGCAGUACAGUACAAGAAGUGAACCUCAGCAGCUAUCGGAUGGGAAAUGCUUACGCAGAAGCGUUUGGAGAAGGUUUUUCGCUGCUGCCAGGUGUUGAAUCGCUCAAUCUUACGCAUAACCGAAUCGGAGACUUAGUCGCUUCCAGGCUAAUCACAGCGGCCGCCGCAGCCGCAGGUGCCCAGGGCACGGCAGGGUUGCAACAACUCAACUUGUCGCACAAUGCGUUGGCGACGGCUUCUUCGCGAGCGCUCUCUGAGUUAAUGCGCCGUUCGCGUGCACUUACGUCGCUAAAUCUAUCGCAUACAGGACUGCGUGACCGUCAAGUGCAGCAGCUUUGUGAGUCGCUCACUAUGAACCAGACCGUCGUGCGCUUACACCUUUCCGAAAAUCGCUUCGGGGCACCAGGGAUGCUGGCCGUGGCGCGGUUUCUCGAGGAAAAUUCACGCAUUGAGGAGCUGUAUCUGGCCUGGAAUCAACUACGUGGGGUUGGUGCCCUGAGAAUUGUAGAGGCACUCAAGUUCCAUGCGUCUCUGCGUGUGUGUGACCUGUCGUGGAAUGCUCUCAGCUCGUCAGGCCCCAACUUGGCUUCUGGAACUGGGAAUUCGGCUAUCCAUAGCUCAGGUGGAGUGCUGCUACCACGAGCGGUGGUGGCAGCUCUCGCUGACUCGCUUGCGAACAACAAGGUGCUGGCACAUCUGGAUCUGUCCAGCAAUCGAUUCGAUCUCGAGGACUGCAACCUACUGGCCAAGCAACUGGAGAAGAACCAGACACUCAUCGGGUUGCACAUGAGCGGCAACUGCGCGGUCAUGGACUCGCGUGGAUUUCUCAUUCCAAAGACUCAAGCCGACGAUGAAGAAGGUGGCGGAUUAAGGAGACUUCGGGAUCAACACAAACUCUACUCGGUGGCAGUCUUUGAAGAAGUGCAUAGUGACGCUGGGCCGGGUGUGUUUCCAGCUCAUCUGAUGUCCAUUGUCGAUGCGUCGUGUUGGUAUUGUGGACUGUGGGCUGAGCAUCGCUUUACGUGGACUCCUACUGCUGGCCAAGGCCCAUUUGCUGGGACUAUCGAUCGAUUUGAGAUAACUCCGUCCAUGGAGGUUCGUUUACACUUAUCCGUUGACGACUGGAGAGGUGUCGCCAUGGAGCGACGAGAGAAUGAUGGAGAUGAAGUGGCCUUUAGUGCGCUGCGUGUCAUUCCUCCUGGUGCUACCUGUUAUUUCUUCACAGCUGUCGACACAGCUGCUGGUCCGAACAGUAGUAACAAUGUGAGCUUUCAUUACGUCACCUCGCGUCCUAAUCGGCCUGUUCAGCGUCAACACCGCUUGCCACCUGGCAAGUCUGGUACAUGCGUGUUUGGUACUUUGGAGCGUUUGAACGUCAUUCGUCUCAGCGAACGAGGAGGGCGAGAUCCCUGCAACACUCUUGUUCCGCGCAGCUCAGGAAAGAACAACGGAAGACGAGGGAAAUGGGACAUCAACAAGAGUGUGUUUGCACGGCGUAAGCGCGAGUCUGAAUGUCGGAGUUUCGUGGAUACUGACGUAUUUAUCGCGAAAGCCUGUGCUGCAGACUGGAAACAGUGCAAAAUUGAUCGAUUCGUGAAGGAUUCUUCACGGAGACGCGAAGUGGAAGUUAGCGUUACCCGUUGGUAUCGCACAGUUUGCAACGCCUACCGACGUUACUGUGGUCACAACGUGUUGAUGAACUUGGCGCCUUUGGGAUCGCUAACGUCAGCAGCAGCCAUUCAACUGCAGAAUGAUAUAACCUGUAUACCUUGGUCAGGCUACACCGAGUUUCUUUCGGAAGCUAAAAUACUGGAUGAAACAUCAGAGUACUGCUCGUUACCCGACCUGGAGAAUGUGUUUGUGGCUGCAAACCUCGAGCUCACCCAGGAAGCCAAGGAAAAAGACAACCCGGACCGCAGUCUUACGAGGUUUGAGUUCUUGGAAUGUAUUAUCCGAAUCGCCACGAACAAAUACUUUAGAACCAAUGUGUGUGAUACGCCCGCCAAAGCCGUAGACAAGCUGGUGCAGGAAAAUAUACAGCCCGUGACCCCAGAUGACGCAAACGAAUUUCGUUCUCGCUUCCUCUACACAGAAGAGGUUAGCGAUGCGUUUACGGAGCACAUUACUCUGCUACAAGAGUUAUACGAUGCUAACAUGGGCAAAUACUGCAAGCCAGGUGAAAAGAAAGGAAUGCAUCUGGUCGAAUUCCUCCUUCUCUUAGAGAAGUACCAGGUUUUCUCCGACUCGUUCCGUGUGCGUGAUAUAAAGGAUCCGUUCUUGGCGUGCAAAUUGAUGGUGCUGGAUGAAAUGACCACUGUAGGCCACAAGAAGCUUUUCCUCACCGACUUCAUGGAGAUCAUCUUACGCGUCAGUGUCGUACGCUACCCACCUCGGACUCUUACGGUGGAUGAAGUUGUACGCAGCUUACACAAGCUGCUGGUCAACCACUUUUACAAACACGACGCUCUGGUGGGCCAAUUCUGUGAAGCGAUCGACCAGGCUCUCGUCGAAGAUCGUCUUGAGGCCUUUGCAAAUGCUAUCAACUCGCAGCGAAAUCAUUUACAAGCUCCUGCAUACGGAUGA